CCUGCCCUCAGACAAGCGGGGCGGAGGCGCGGGGCAGCGCCUGCCCGCCGGGACCGGGGAGCCGGCGCUGUCUCUGUCUCUGGCCGCAGGGAAGGAAGGGGGAGCUGCGGAGGGGGCGGCAGGAGAGGAGUCACAUUAGAGAGUGAGACUCUCACAAGUAGAGAGCUUGAGARCUCCUUUGCAAAAGAAGCUGGAAUCGAAGGAAUGUUCUGUUUGCUCUCAAACACUGGAUAUCCUGGCUCAGUGUACUGUUACUCCGGGAAGCAGAGCUGAGAGGACAAACUGAGAAGACAUUAUUGUGAUGGCAAGUAGGAAUGCAACACUUUCCCAGAAGUCUCUCAUUUAGGGAAACAUGCAUAUACUGUACUGCAAGAAAGCAACAUUUUGUGAAUGGGACUCUUUAAACCACUGACUGUAACCAGCUUUCUCAGUGCCUGCUGUAAAAGACUUCUGUAACUUUAAAGCAGGCUACAAGACUUUGUUCAGCAGGAUCUAAGAUCUUCCCAGACACUUCACCAGCCCUACAGACAGAACAAGAUGAUUGACCUAAGCUUCCUAACAGAGGAGGAGCAGGAGGCAAUAAUGAAGGUGCUGCAACGGGAUGCAGAGCUUAAAAGAGCUGAAGAAGAGAGAGUCAGGCAYUUACCAGAAAAAAUCAAAGAUGAUGUUCAGCUAAAGAAUAUGAGUGGGCAGUGGUUUUAUGAGGCCAAGUCGAAGAGGCACAGAGAUAAGAUCCAUGGAGCAGAUAUUAUCAGAGCUUCCAUGCGCAGGAGGCCUGCCACGAUUGCUGAAGUGGCUCAGAACAAAACUAGCAAAGCMAAGAUCAGCUGGGUGAACAAUGUUAAUAAAGAAGUCAUUGUGCCACCAGAUCUACAUAGUAUUGUGGAACAUCAAGAACAACAACAACAACUGAAAACUAGUUCAAGUUCUAAAGAAGUAACCUCUGUGUUAGACAAACCAGGGGAAAGACCUAUGAAGGCAACCAUAAAGCAAAGGAGAAAUCCAUUUAAUUCCAUGGCAUCAGGUGAUGACUGGAACAGUGGGGAAUCAGAAAACAGACUGGCCAUUGUACCUCAGCUAUCAAAGAAGGAAAUUUUGUCACUGUCAGAAGAGAGCCCAACUAAAUCAAACUUACAAAAUGAUGAAACAGAGAAAUCUAAGAAGCCUUCUGCAAAACUUACUGAUGAAUCUCAGAAUGAAGUAAUCAAGCGUCCUGUCCCAAAAGCGAGAAAAUUAAUUCCCAAAGCAGCAGAUUCUGGGUCACACAAAGAGGACUUUGUUCCUCAACCAACCAAGGAGACUGAGAGGAUUAAUGGCAUUGGUACUCCACCCAGGGGCAUUCUGAAGCGCAGCUCAAGCUCAAGUUCCACUGACUCAGAAGUUCGUGUCAAUCAGAUGUUAGAUGUUCAGAAAAAGAAUGGACUUUCUACUGCAACUAUUUUUGAARGAGAAGGUGAGAAGAGCUCUAUUACGGCAGAAGCAGAAGACUCCAUGCAAAAUUCACUGGAAAAACUAAAACAAGUGAGGUUCUCAUCUAGCCCAGGUGAAGGAAAACCUCUGCAAAGCCCACAGCUACACCCUGGUAAAGAAAGWGCAGAGAAUGAUUUGUUAAAACCUCACCAAAAAAAGAGUGGAAAUCAUGCUGUUCAAUCAGAUUCACUUGGGGAUAAGCAAAUUUCUGCUGCAAAGCCUUUGGAAACAUAUUCAUCAGCUUUACAAAUGAAAACAAUAGAUGGCUUACAAGAAGACACAUCUACAUCCAGCACUUGUGACACUAACAGAUCAGUCUUCCCAGUUAGUGAAAUCUUCCAGACAAAAAUGGUUACUCCCAAGAAACCUGGAACUCCCAAGAAACCUGAWACUCCACAGAAGACCUCCAUCAAUAGUCUGUCAAAUAGCAAUAACGAACAGAGUGUUGAUGAGACAUGGGAAAAUAAAUCCAACCAGAUCUUGAGCCAUGAAUCAAAGCCACACAAAAAUUUUACUGAUGGACAUCUUUAUGCUAAUCCAGAAGCAUCUGAGGUGUCCAAUACCAAUUCUACAAGUCUUCAACAAGGUAAGCCUGGUCUUAUUGAGGAGAGAGAUGCUAAAACCACUUUCAAGCCUGGCAAACAUGCUGAUGAACUCAUGAAAGUGGACGAUGAAUCUGUAUCAAAAGUUUUAGACUGGUUUAAAAGAAGUCCUAGUACUGAAGAUGGGGAACUUGUGUCAAUGAGAUCCCAAGGCAGGGAGCCCAGARAGGACGUGGACCUGUCAACCAGACCAGCAGUUCUUCCUACAGAACACAGUGGGCCAGGCAUGCAGGGAAAAACAGAAUAUACAGAAGAAUUACUGUUUGGAAAGACUAAACAACGGAACAAUAUUUCAUCUGCAUCAUUUACUUCAAAAAACACACAGCUGUUAAAGGAGAGGAAGCCUAAAGCAGGUGAAGAAAAUGAGAAGCAAAAUGAUAAAUUACUGACUGAAUUUGAUUGUACAAGAGUUGAAGAAAAAGAACAUGGUCGAGAAAUCAAACAACAAAAUAAAAUAUCAAAUCUCUUGGAACAUCAAGAGCACAAGCUACCAGCUCAGAAAUGGGAAUCAGAGAAGGCAAUACAAGAAAAAAGAAGGAUAAGGGAGAUCAGAGCAUUCUGGGAAAGGGAUAAAGCUAUCCCCAGUCAUGGAGAGAAAGAAGUUAGUACCAAUGCUGAUGCAUCAGGAGGCCGUGCAUUGACAGGUCUUGGAGAAAGUGACAAAAUAAAACRAUCUGCAGUAUGUCUACCCAAGGCAYUGUGUGAUCAGAGCAAGAGUACRUUAAGAAGUCCUGAACUAAGUUGUKCAAGUCAGACUUCAAGAAACAAAAAUCACCACUCUUUUGAGUUUGGACCAGGCCAUGCAGUUGGAAAGCCAGAAGGAACAUUUCCAUCUGAUGAAAUUCGUGAAUGUACAGAAGUCCCAAAAGCCAGCAACUUGCAUCCCAGAGCUGAUGUCACAUCAGCUUCUUCAAAAGGCAAAGACAAAGAUGAGAAAGAAACUCUUAAAGGAAAAGUCAUUGCUUGUUCCCAACUGAAGCCCAACUUCCAGGUUUUGUCUUUAAAAGAAAAAAUGAAUGAAAAGUCCAAGAAUCAAAUUUCAGAUCCUUCACAGUUCCAGAGUUUGAGAAAAUUCUGGGAUACUGGAGCAAAAUUCCAGAGUAGCAAUGACAGGGAAGAUGAUUCUUUGCUGAAUAACACUAGAUCAAUAAMCUAUGAAAGAAAAUCAAAAGAAGAUAAAAAAGGCAGAGAUAAUGUGAGCAAACAACAACAACAAACCCAGACAUCUGAGAGAGAAAAAACACAGAAACUGGAUUCUGCAGUAUGCACAAAGUCUCUAGAAUCUCCUACCCUAAAAGAUGUGACACACACAAAAAAUACAGACUCUCUCCAGCUGGACAGACAACCAAUUAUCUCAAAGUCCCAGGGAAAGAUAGGUCUUCCAGAGCAAGAUGUWAGAAAAUGUACAGAAAAAAGUAUUGUUUCAACGAAAGAUCAUCAUGUAUCCUUGCAGCUCCAGUCACCUGGUGAUAAAGAUGCUUUAAAGGAAUCAAUAGUAGGUGAUAAAAUAUGUUUACAUAAAGAAAAAGGGGAGAACAAGACUACUCCUUUGGAUAAAGAGGAAGUUGCAGAGACUGCGGAUAAAGUUGUUCUGCCUAAAGGUUCUGAAGAAGAAUUAAACCCUGUUUUGAUGGCUUUGAAAAGGAGUGCAGAUAGGAAAAAGCCUUCCAAAAGUCUAGAGGACAUUCCAUCAGCCACCUCAAAUAAAGAAAAAGUAAAUAAAUCAAAGGAAGAAUUAGUUCUUAGUGCUGAAGAUGUUUCCACAGUGCCUUCACAGCCUGAGAAACUUUUUUCCAACCCUGAAAAACUCAAAGGACUGAGCAAGUCAGUACCAUCAUUCCUACAGGAAGAGAGUGAUGACAGAGAGACAGAUACAGCAUCAGAAUGCAGUUAUUCCUUUGGCAGAAUCAAGAAGAGUCCCAGCUCUCUAACCAAUCUUAGCAGCUCUUCUGGCAUGGCCUCCUUAUCCUCUGUGAGCRGCAGUCUAAUGAGCAUCUAUAGUGCAGACUUUGGCAAUGUUGAUGUGAAGGGGAACAUUCAGUUUGCCAUUGAUUAUGUAGAACAGCUGAACGAGCUCCACAUCUUUAUUUGUCAGUGUAAAGACCUGGCAGUAGCAGAUGUUAAGCGACACCGUUCAGAUCCGUAUGUAAAGACCUAYCUGCUUCCAGAGAAAUACAGACUGGGCAAACGAAAGACCUCUGUCAAAAAGAAAACCUUUAAUCCAGUCUAUAAUGAAAUACUACGGUAUAAAAUUGAGAAGGAUCUCCUAAAGAAUCAAAGCCUCAAUAUCUCUGUCUGGCACAAUGAUACCUUUGGGAGGAAUAGCUUCCUUGGUGAAGUGGAGUUGGAUUUCGGAACUUGGGAUUGGAAUGAUCCAUCCAACAAGCAGAUCAACUGGUUUCCUCUCAAGCCAAGGACUUCAAAAAUAACUCUAAAUCUAGAAAACAAAGGGCARAUGAAACUAGCCCUCCAGUAUGUUCCACAUCCCAUCGGAGGAAAGAAGACUCUAUCUACUGGUGAAGUCCACAUCUGGGUGAAGGAAUGCCAUAACCUCCCUCUUCUGAGAGGCAACAGACUCAACUCUUUUAUUAAGUGUACCAUCCUUCCAGAUACCAGCAGAAAAAGUCGCCAGAAAACAAGGACGGUUGCAAAAACUACAAACCCRGUAUUCAACCACACCAUGGUCUAUGAUGGCUUUAGACCAGAAGACUUAAGAGAAGCCUGCAUAGAACUCACAGUCUGGGAUCACAACAAACUAGCAAACCACUUUCUGGGAGGCCUCCGGAUAGGCCUUGGAACAGGCAAAAGCUAUGGAACUACAGUAGAUUGGAUGGAUUCCACUCCAGAUGAAACUGCCCUUUGGGAGAAGAUGAUGAACUCUCCAAACACCUGGAUAGAAGAUACACUACCUCUCAGGAUGCUUAUGGUUGCAAAAUUGACAAAAUAAGGUGCCUUUUUAAUUGUUAGUGUCAAAAAGAAACCUUGGGAAUGAAAUUGGAAGCGUGGAGGUGAAACUGGGAAGAGAAACAUAGUAGCUUUUUGACAGCUUUUGCAAUGUUACUGUUCCUGUUCUGUGCUGUCAAAUGUCACUUUGUAUUUCAAAUUAAACAACUGCUUGCAGAUCAUUAUGUAAAUUUAAGGGAUUUCUAAAUUUCUUAUUAAUUGAAAACAACUUCAAGAAACAAGGUGUUUACAGAACUCGGUUUUAGAGGUAGCCGUGGUACCUGGAUGACUGUGUUGUCUACCUGAAGCAUUGCUGAUCCCUUAUAUGAUCUAAAUAACCAGCAGAAAUAUAUGAGCAAGUCAACUGUUUCUGUACAUUGCUAGGACUGUUCAUGAAGUCUUACUGAUAAGACAGCAACAUUAAUGUUAAAGGUCAUUACUAUGUGUUUGUAUCCUCGUUAAGCCAUGUUAGAUCUCACCAGCAUGGAAUAUGGGCAUGAACAGUUUAGCUGUUUGAAAGUUCCUCUACUUCUAAUUGUACAUUUCUAGGACAGGAAAGUUACUUCCCUCAUGAAAGAAGCAUGACAUGAAGUGGUACUGUCAGUGUCCUAUUCUACAAGGUGCAGAGGAUUUAGUUCCAAUGUACUGUAAAAAUCAGGGUUAUAAAAAGUUUGMUUUAUAUAUGUGUUAAUCAUCUUGYUWGCACACAAUACUUAGUCUGAAAUGCUGAAGAUGUAAAGGUGAAACUUUUUUUUUAUUCCAGUGCUACUCGAAAGGAUCUAAAUGUGCCAAUUUUARUGAUGACAAGUACCUUGAGUAUUUAUUCUCCUAAGUGCACUUGUUCGUACCUGUAACCAUUAGCUUGUUCUUUUGCAAGAAGUGACCUACCUGUGCUUCAGUGCCACCGUUAGGAGGCUGGUGGGGCUGUGGUGGGCUUGGCUUGGUUUUCAGGCAUAGGAAAUAAGACUGAGGUUUGCAACGUGUAGGAAUGCAUGUUACUAGURGAUAAAUAUAUAAAAUACAACAUAUAUUCAUUUUAUUUGUUUUUU